UCUCUCUUUCUCUCUCUAAACCUCUUUCACUCAAAUCUAUCACUCUCCUCCACUCCCUACUGCGCACAUACAUACAUACAUACGCAGAUAGAUAUAUAUAAUAUAUAUAUAUACACACGCAUAUAAUUCUAGUGAGAGAAAGAGGGCCUUUAAUUUUUUGUUGCCAUUACAUAACUUUACAGCUCAACUCUCAAUUUCCUUGUGCCCCCCUCUCUCUCUAUCUUUCUCUCUCUUAGUUGAGCUGAAAUUGCACAGAUCAAAUCUGCUGCUACUGCUGCCACCUCAAGGAGGUACUCUCUUAUAAUUCUUAAAGUGGCCACUCUAUGGCGUGAUCAACUUAGUUACCACAUGUCCAGUGGAAUAAUUGUACAGCUUCAUACAUCUGAUGAUUUGUAUCAACCUUAUUAUGCUUGACGUGAGCCACGAUGGGCAUUUUCACUGUGAAUUCUCGGCAGUGGCUUUUAUGCGUCCUAUUGCUUUACAGUCUUGCAAAAGAAUUUGAGGCUCUGAGUCCUGAUGGUCAAGCUCUCGUCAACUUUAGGACAGCCAUCAUUAAUUCAGAUGGAGUUCUGCUUCAGUGGAGACCAGAGGACGAGGAUCCAUGCGGAUGGAAAGGAGUAAAAUGCGACUUCAAGUCGAAAAGAGUCACAGCCUUGAGCCUCCCUAACCACAAGUUGAGUGGACCUAUAUCACCAGAUAUUGGGAAGCUAGAAAGCCUGCAAUUUCUAGCUCUUCAUGACAACAAUUUAUACGGGGCAAUCCCUCCAGAGCUGGGGAACUGUACACAGCUGCAAUCAGUAUUUCUGCAGGGUAACUACUUAAGUGGAUUGAUUCCAAGUGAAUUAGGAAACCUUUCUCAGCUGGAGAAUCUGGAUCUUUCAAGCUCUCAUGGGAAGUUAAGCAAGCUCUCAAGUUUCAAUGUAUCAACAAACUUUCUGGUGGGACCUAUACCCUCUGAUGGUGUUCUUGCAAACUUUCGGAAUGAUUCCAGUUUCGUUGGCAAUCGCGAGUUAUGUGGCAAGCAAAUCCAAGCAUGCAAGAACAAUGAUGGUGGUCCUUCAGCAUUUUCUCAGCCUCCUGGUUCAGCUCAAUCCCAGGCCAAAAAGAAUUCAGGGAGGCUUCUUAUAAGUGCACUGGCCACGAUGGGUGCUUUGCUUCUAGUAGCACUUAUGUGCUUCUGGGGUUGUUACCUGUAUAAGAGGCUUGGUAAAAAUGAUGGCAAAGGCCUUGCAGUGGAUGUCAGUGGAGGGGCCUCAAUUGUAAUGUUUCAUGGAGACCUGCCCUACUCCUCAAAGGAUAUCAUAAAAAAACUGGAGAAUUUAAAUGAAGAGCAUGUAAUUGGUGCUGGAGGCUUUGGAACAGUGUAUAAGCUUGCAAUGGAUGAUGGCAAUAUAUUUGCAUUGAAAAGGAUUGUGAAGGUAAAUGAAGGCUUUGAUCGUUUCUUUGAGAGGGAGCUUGAAAUUCUUGGAAGCAUCAAACACAGAUACUUGGUGAACCUUCGAGGAUAUUGCAAUUCCCCGACAUCCAAAUUGUUAAUAUAUGAUUUCUUAUCAGGAGGCAGCCUGGAUGAAGCUCUUCAUGAGAGAGCUGAGCAACUGGAUUGGGAGGCUCGUUUAAAUAUAAUAAUGGGAGCUGCAAAAGGCCUCGCCUAUUUGCAUCAUGAUUGUUCGCCUCGAAUUAUUCACCGUGACAUCAAGUCAAGCAAUAUUUUGCUUGAUGGAAACUUUGAUGCUCGAGUGUCUGACUUUGGCCUGGCUAAAUUGUUGGAGGAUGAGGAAUCCCACAUCACAACAAUUGUUGCUGGCACAUUUGGGUAUCUAGCUCCUGAGUAUAUGCAGAGUGGAAGAGCUACAGAAAAGACUGAUGUUUACAGUUUUGGUGUUCUGGUGCUUGAAAUUGUAAGCGGAAAGCGGCCUACUGAUGCGUCCUUCAUUGAGAAGGGCCUCAACAUUGUUGGAUGGUUGAACUAUUUAGUUUCAGAAAGUAGACAAAGAGAAAUAGUAGAUCCACACUGUGAAGGAGUGCAGACAGAAAGCCUUGACGCCCUACUAUCAAUUGCCAUCCAGUGUGUUUCCUCAAGUCCUGAGGAUCGUCCAACCAUGCAUAGGGUGGUCCAAAUACUCGAAUCCGAGGUUAUGACGCCAUGUCCUAGUGACUUCUAUGACUCAAACUCUGAUUAAGGGCAUAUGAUGUGGACAAAGAGAUUUCCAUCUAUUAUCAUCAGCUGCAUUAUGUGGCAAACACGAGCACAGAAGAGAUCAGAGUCUGCUUUAAUUUAUUUCCGACUUUAUUUAUUCAAUUCUUUCUCAAAAAGGAAAAAAAAGUGUGAUUGGACAGGCUUGUGAUUCUCUUGAUUCAUCAUUAGAGCAAGUGGUCUGCCAGCAUCAUGUUCCAGGUUCUUCACCCGCCGUUCUACCUUUGGUCUCCUCGGUUAGCUCAGCCGCAUCAGGUUUUUCUCUCUCUCGAUGAACAGACGGCAUUUUUUUGAUAGCGGUAUGAGCUGUUGGUCCUUACCUUUGUCUUGUCUUCUGGUAAUUCCUCCGAAUCAAUUGUAUAUGAAAUGGUGAAAUUGAUCAGUGUCUCCACACACUGAAGGAUCCUUGUUAUUGGUUACAUUUUUGUAUAAUAUUUCCAUCCCAAUUAUUCAUACUAUAGGUUACUGCAAACUUUUUGUUCGAUGUUGUAGGUUCUCUUAUGUUUUGGAGAAAAAUGUUCACUUCGUAACUCUACAAGAGAGCCUCAGAUAAUGCAUUUACCUGUCAUUUCUCCUACAAGCAUUUCUGAUGUAUGUAUGGUGGGUUUUCUA